UCUCACAGCGUUUUGUUGUUUUUGGACACAGAGGUUACAGCUCAGUAUUUAAAAUGUGCUAGCAGAAAGAGAAACUGUCCUUGAGCCAAGCGUCUAACAAUGUUGUGCUGCAGAACGUCAUUACCACUUGUAAUGGUAAUGGCUUACGUUAGGCAGCCAAUGGAGUUUCGUUAUAUCUGUUUGGCAGGUUUCCAGGUUUUGAGCGGCAGGACACAGGAAACUCACAGUUUUAGACACCAGUGCAGUACGAAGGCCUAACGGUCAGUGUUUGUGUUUGAAGUAUUAAGGGACAACGGACGUGAUGUUACAACUGAACUGAAUACGUAUGAUCUUUAGAGAGCAACUGUCAUUAUCAAGACCAUGUGCGAGAUAGAUGACAUUCUUCUGCAGCCUGUGGUCAUGCUAGAAAGAUUACCAGAAGAAACAGUGAAGCUGUAUUCUGAAACUAAUGGACUUACAUACUGUACAGUUGAUGCAUCCCAAAAUAGGAAGAGCUCUCUAGGCACCCAGAGAAAACUUUCAAUCAGGAGUAAGAACAAAAUGCAUGCUAAGAGAAAGAAAAAUAUAGUGAAUUGCCUUGCAAAGUGGCCAUAUUCACGGUGUUCCUUUUCUUUGGAUAGAAGACUAUUUCAACAACUAUCUUGGAAGCUCCAAGGCAGUUUUUUAUUUCUUCCCAGAAGUGAGAGUUCUCUGCGAAAAUUCCGUAAAUUUAUGCACAGAAAAUCUAGACCAAAGUUAAAGAAUGGUUGUGGUCGUUCUACUCUGAAUCUUCUUAAAACACCUGCUAGUUUAGAUAGUUUUUAUAAUUUAAGCCAACCUAGUGCUUUUAAGUGUAACAGUUCUGAGCUUCAUUUAAGAACCAAGUAUUUAAAAUAUAAGAUGCAAUUACAUAGAGCCCAUUCAUUUGGUUGCAAAUGUAGUAGCAAAAGGAAAAUGCAUGAAAAUUGUAAUUUACAACAAAAACCUUCUAAGAAAAAGCUAUGUAAUUGUUCUAGCAAUCACUCUGAUUGUGCAGAAGGUUUUAGUAAUUCUUGUAACAAAUCUAAUAUUCCCACGAGUGUUCAGAAAAUGUCAUCAAGUACAAAAAAAUUACCAUGUCGUGCAGUACUAUCACUGGGGAGUCCAGAAAAAACUAAGACACAUGAUUAUGUCUCUGACAAAAAGUGGAAGAAAAUUUCACAUGAUCAGAAGUGCCCAACAUAUGACACUAGACAGUUAAUUAAUGUAGGCACGAUGGAAUUAGCUAGCUGUAAAAACGUGUUUUGUGAUGUGUUAUCAUCAAAGUCCAAAACCCCUCAUUAUGCCUUAGAAAACCCUCGUGCUUGUAAUCAGAUGUUUCUACGUGAAAAUAAUAGGCCUUUGUUUAACCAUAAAUCAUCCUGCUCUGUCACGAACAUUACAUGUGAGCAUGAGUCUACUAAAGUGUACAUGAGCUUAACGAUCAAAUCGCAUAAACUGAGUAAUUUUAAUUCGGGAGACUUGUUACACUCUCGUAUUUUAUCAUCUUGUGCUAAAGAUGAUGGUAUUAGUAUGGAUUUGAUUAGAUCAUGUGAAAUCCAUAAAAUUAGUGAAACAGAGCAUAUGUUAAAAAAUAAUAAAUGGAGUGACACAUUUUGUACAAGUGGACUUUCUCAAUCCCAAAGAGACACCAGUGUUGAGAAUAUAAAACAAGUAGAAACAGUUCAAGAUGGACCAAUGCAUUUGCCCAAGAUACCCAGAGGUAAUCCCAGGACAUCAACAAAUAAUGCAGAAAUUGCCCAUGAUGACCCAAUUCCCCUGUUCAAGAAUUCCAGAGGUAAACCUAAGACAUCAUCAAAAAAAGUAGAAACAACUCAAGAUGAUCCAGUGCAACAGACCAAGAAACACAGAGAUAAUUCUAGGACAACAUCAAAUAAAGUAGAAACAUCUCAAUAUGAUCCAGUGCAACAGACCAAGAAACACAGAGAUAAUUCUAGGACAACAUCAAAUAAAGUAGAAACAUCUCAAUAUGAUCCAGUGCAACAGACCAAGAAACACAGAGAUAAUUCUAUGACAACGUCAAAUAAAGUAGAAACAACUCAAGAUGGUCCAUUGAAACUGACCAAGAAACACAGAGAUAAUUCUAGGACAACAUCAAAUAAAGUAGAAACAUCUCAAGAUGAUCCAGUGCAACAGACCAAGAAACCCAUAGAUAAUUCUAGUACAACAUCAAAUAAAGUAGAAACAACUCAAGAUGAUCCAAUGCAACAGACCAAGAAGACCACAGGUAAUUCGAGGACAUUAUCUACAGAACUAGGAAAUUCUGACUACUUGAAAAUCAAUUCAAACAAAGAACCAAAAGUAACAGCUGUCAGUAAUUAUUUGUACAUAGAUAAGAAAUCUGAAUUGCAUCUUUGUGGAAAAGAAGAUCAGUUCAUUUUUGGCACAACAAUGGACUGUCCACUACCAGAUAAGAUUGGUAACUGUAAAGAUUGUAGAAAGAAUAGGAGAGCAUCUGUUCAGUUUGAAAACAUAUUCAGCCCUACUGAUGAAUCAUUUAAAACAGAACAUGGUGUUAAUGGUAUUUCUGAUGAUCAUAGACAAGAUAAAAAACUAACGAAUGAUAAAGGAUAUUAUGAAUUAAAUUUGAAUGUUAAGUCCACAACUUUGGAGACUUCUCCAACUGAGAAAAUGUCAAAAGAUAUUGAAAAUUUUUCAAACUCUAAGUUGAGUGACACAAAAUGCUUAGAAAACAAAAUAGUAGCAGAAAAUGUUCCAGUUAUGAAAAGAACAGAGGCUGAAUCUGUGGUAAGUAGGAAAUGUGAUGCAGUAAACUUUGAAAAGGAGUGUGAUGAAAAAACAUUGGAGUUCCAAAGCAGUGUUAGUGUUAAUUCAUUAUCUCAUAAAACUUGUAGCUCUUUACCAAAAACUAACUAUAAUGGAUUAAAAAAUAACAAAAGAAAAAGAAAUUAUGAAACAAAAGGCAUGUGCAUUGUUCAUGAACCAAGUGUUAAAGGGAAACAUGUGAAGAAUUCUAACGCACAAAGUCGAGAAUUUAAUACGUCAGACAGUAAGUUAGAUAUCCCUGUGUUAAAUAACUUGGCUGAAGUAGUUUGUGCACAGAAUGAAAAGGAUUACUAUAAACAUCAAGGGCAGAUUCCAGAAAAUGUUAAAAAAAGACCAAGAACUGAACCAUCAAAACCAGUUCACAGUGAUACAGCAGAUUUGGAGAAUAGAAAAUCUCUUCCACUGACUUCUAUAGAAAGCUCGCAGUUCAAAGUUACAGAUAGUACAAAACAAACUUGUAGCAUAUUAGAUGUUGAUGCUUCAUUGUAUGGGAAACAAAAGGAAUCGCAGUUGUGCAAAAAGAUUCCCAAGAAAAAUAUGUUCGUAAGUCAAGAUAAAGCAAGAAAUAUCAAAAGGGAAAAUCUUCACAAGUUUAAUGAAAAAUUUCCAAUGUCUAGUGAAACAACAAAUACUAAAACCUUAGCUAACAAAGGAAGUGAAAAAAGUGAUCUUGUUGGCUCUAUAUUAGCAGACAUGAAUAAAACUAGUCCCUAUGUAAUUUCACCACAUGCAUCUCUAAAGCAAAGAAAUUUGAGAAUGACUGAGGUACAAGAAAGGACGACUUAUCCAUGGAGCAAUUCUGAAAAAAAAUGUAUAGCUAAUGGUGGAUGUAAACUUAGUUUUUCAGAAAAUAAAUGGCAGUAUCUUAAUAAUAAAAUGAAGGCUAACAGUACGCUGGGAAACAAUCAAACAUUGGUUAAAGAAGGAAAGAUGAAUAAUAAUAUUAUCACCAGUUUUGGUAAAUUUGGAAUAAAAAAAUCAUUGCACCUUUUGGAAACUAAAAAAAUUAUGGAAAAUGAAAAUCCUAGUAUGGAAAAAAUUACAAUGGUAAUAAUUUCCAUUUAAAAAGAAAUGCUGAAGAAAAAUGUUUUACUGAUAGAUCUCUAACAGAAAGAAGAGAUUAUAAGAAGUCAAUUAAAAAUACAAACAGUCAUAUUUGGUAUAAAGAUUCCAGUUCUUUUAACACUUCACAGCAUUUAUUCACUAAAAACAAACUGAGUAAAGUUCAAGUUGAUAAAAGAUCAAUCACUGUACCUACUCAACAUUUUAAGUUCGAUAGAGUUGAGAGACAACGUAGUAGGUGUUUACCAAAAAGUUUAUUUAAGGAGAUAAAUGGGAAGUAUGAAAAUAGUAGACAAUCUUGUAAUUGCAGACAUACUGAGCACGAAACUUUGAGCUGCAGAGAAAAGGCACCAGUCACGGAAAAGGCUAAAAAGCAAUGUAAGCAGAUUUUUAUGACUUCAACCCAACAGUUAAAACAACAAACACAUUUGGUUCCUGGUCAGAAAGCAAAAGACAAAUUUUCAAAAAAUGAGGUAGACAGAUCUGAAGUGGGAAAAGAUUGCAAGAAAAGUAUCUUUCACAGAAAGAGGAGUUCCAGUAAUGAGAGCAUAGCUAAUCAAUUCCAUAAUCAUACGUCUCAAAGAAAGGACUCCGAUAAUAUUAUUUAUACUUGUGUAAGUGAUAUAAAGCCAAAGUAUCAGCACCUUCGGAGAACAAAAUCCCAGAGUGGUACAUCUCAUCCAAAUAGUGAAACUUUCCAAAAUUAUAAAACACCUGAAAUGGUAGAAGAGAAAAAACUACAUAAAGAACAUACUCAUCAUUCAAAUUUUCAAGUAGAACUAACAUCAAAACAAAGAAUGUGUACAAUAUCAGAAAAGAUAGUUAAAAUGUCAGAGCCCCAAGACAAUACAACUGGAAAAAUGGUGGGAGAUAAUUUGCAUAUGCAGAACCUGACAAGCAGAGGCCAAUACAAGAAACAAAAUAGGAAAGAGAAAACACAGUCGCAAAGCAGGGUUGAAAUUGGUGGUGAUAAAAACACCAUUAAAUCAAAAAGUAAAGCAAUUCAAGUAAAGCACAGAGAAAUACCUUUCAAACCAAUGACGGUAGUUGAACCUGAAGAGAACGACUACAAACAGUAUGUGCACUUAAGAAAUGGAAUACAUAACUGCCAUUAUAUAUGCAGGAACAAUGACUUAGAUAAGUCUAACAGUGUUGAAAAUAGAAAAAA